CACCUGAGCGCGAUGCGGGUUAUUUCACAGGAAUGUCAGGAUCAGUGGCGUGGAGGAGUGCGGCUCUGAGGGCCCUCGCGCUCGGGGCCCUGCUGGCGCUGGUUUCUGGGGGCCCCAGACCCGAGCACAGGAGGGAACACGCAGAGUGGACGCAGAGAGUUCAGUAUCCGUCUCUUCACGACACACAGCGCGUCCAGAUCCCUUCAGUGGACGAUCCACAGAGAUGCUCUGCUGGUUUCUAUCUGGACAGAAGUGGUCUGAUUGCUCGUUGUGUUCGCUGCUCCUGUAACGGUUUCUCUAACGAGUGUGAGGACAACACAGGCCGCUGUCUGAAGUGCGGUGAUAAUACAGCAGGUGAUCACUGUGAGCGCUGUAGAGACGGAUUUUACUCAAACGCUGCUCAGAGGAGAUGCAGCGCGUGCCCAUGUCCUCUCAGCAACAAUUUUGCUCUGGGCUGCACUGAAACCGAUGGCAGACUUCUGUGUCUGUGCAAAGACGGUUACACGGGCGAAAGAUGUGAGCGAUGUGCUCUGGGAUAUUACGGCGAUCCUCUGGUCUCCGGUGGACGCUGUCGUCUGUGCAACUGUCCUGGAAACCUGUGUGACUCUAAGACUGGAGUGUGCAGGAAUUCUCUGGAGCUCCAAGACGCAAACACAGAAGAGCAGUGUGAAGAGUGUGAUAACUGUGCACAGACACUGCUGAGUGAUUUGGAAAAGCUUGAUAUUGAGCUCAAAAGAAUUAAAGAUCAACUGGAUUUCGACUCUCUCAGACCUUCAUCUAAAGAGCAUCUGAGGAAGCUUGAAGAAGCCAUCACAGCCACAACGAAUCUGGUGAACACGUUCAGCUUCACCGUCGACAAUCAGGUGCCUAAAAUUAACCAGCUGGAACAAGAUGUUAUUAAUCUGGCCGAAGAUAUGGACAAUCUGAAAGAACAGGUCAGAAAGCGAUCUGAGGAUGCACAGAAAGCUUUCGCUAACGCUGAAAACAGCCACCAAAGAGCAAAAGAUCUGGACACCGAGACACAGAUCCUCCUCAGAAAAAUACAAGAGCUCCUGAAGCAGCUGAUGGACUCAGAGAGCAGUGGAUCCGCUCUGCCCAACGCUGAUUUAGUCAAACUCCUGGAGCGGUCUCAGAGCAUGGUGAAGGAGAUGGAGAAGAGAAGCUUCACGCCGCAGAAAGACGCAGCUAAGAAGGAGCAAGCAGAAGCAAACAAAUUUCUGGAGAAUGUUAAAAACAUCAUAAAGCAGUGCGAUGAGAAUGAGGCGGCGUCGAAGCGUGUUGACAGUCUACUGAGCAGCUAUGAGGCCAAACUGAAAGAGUUAGAGGAUCUGCUCAAACAGGCUGAUGAUACGGUGAAGGAAGCCAGCAAUCAGAACGACAUCAACGCCGAAGGCCUCAGAGAUAUUCUGGAGCGGGUGAAGGAUCUGGAGCGUGAGCGAGACCUCGUCCAGGAUCAGAUCGUUCUUGCGGUGAAACAGCUCAAAGACACCGAGGACGCCCUCGAAAUGUUCAACGACAGCAAAACGGAUUACGAACAGCUUGCGGCGCAGCUCAACGGAGCAAAGACCGAACUCAAGGAGAAAGUCCAAACCAUCUCACAAGCAGCAGCCAAAGAGAAGAUAGUGAAACAGGCAGAAGAACAUGCAGAAAACAUGCACAAACUGGCCAAAGAGCUGCAAGAGGCUGUGCAGAAUGUGAGUGGGCGCUCUGGUGUUCAGACUGCUCUCUCUGGGAUAGAGGCGUAUAAAAACAUCACCGAAGCUGUCAACGCUGCAGAGGAGGCGGCGAAGAAGGCUAAAGAGGCGGCAGACAAAGCACUCAACGAUGUCAGUGAAGCGGACUUAAUCAGCAGGACAAAACUUCUGAAAAACAAUGGCGAUAUCCUACUUAAAGAAGCCAAAAAUGCAGCUAAAGAUCUUAAAGGAGCAACUAAAGACCUCAGUAAUCAGAAGGAACGCCUGCAAGCUGCGGAAGAGAAGAAGAAAGCAUUGGAAAAGGAGCUGCUCGCUGUUCAGGAGGGUUUGAAGGGGAUUCAGAGAGAUGAUAUCGGUAACAUUAUCGACGCGGCUAAGAAAGUGGCAGCGGCAGCCAAUCGCUCCACGAGUGACACAAUGGACGAGUUAAGCAACAUCAAAGCAGAAGUUACCAAGAUCUCCAUUACUCCUACUCUCUCUAAUAUGGACAAUGUUCUCAAUAAUGUGGAGAUGACCGUCAGAAAUCUGAGCGGCUCCAUCCCGUCCCUGCUGGAUAAAAUAGAAGAGAUCAAUUCUGAGAUUAGCGUCGGGAACAACGUGACUGAUAAUAUUAAUAAGAUAAAGGAGCUGAUCGAGCAAGCGCGAGAUGCUGCUAACAGAGUAAGGCUAUUCAUUUUAUAUAUUCAAUCAAUUCAAUCCACUCAAUACUGGGGAGCAUUCAAGAAUCGGCAAUACAACAUGACUGUCCCGGCUCUGAAAGGCUGUGUGAAAAUCAGCACAGCGGGCGGCUCCACCCCGAGCGUCGAGGAGAAAGUGGGAGUCGGCAGAGGCUGCACUAACGAGCUGCAGAUGGUCAGGAAAGCGGAGUUCAGUCUCGGCAGUGCACUGGAGAAACUCCAUGAAGACUUCAGCUUAGACAAUGUCAGUCUUUCUCUGGGCUUCAGGAGUACAAAACCAGAUGGCAUCCUGCUGCAGAACAGCAAAAACAAUAAAGACAUGGAGCUUUCCAUGGAGAGCGGAUAUGUGCUCCUCAAAUUCCAGGGCAGCGUCUGGAAAUCUACUAAGCAGUACCAGGAUGGAGAAUGGCAUUAUCUCACUGUUUUCAAACAGGGCCAAGGCAUUGAACUUCGCAUCAAUGAAGAAGAUGUUGGCCAGAGACAGACAGGAUCUUCAUCUGGACCGUAUUCGUCCAGCGUAAUCCUCGGCAAAGACACCUUCAAGGGCUGCAUCUCCAACCUGUAUCUGAGGAGACCUGCUUCUCUUAACAGAGCGGAGGAUCUGAGCGCUUACUCUUCCACAGGAGACGUGUUGUUGAACACAUGCAGUAUAUAGCAGCGCAGCUAUUAGCAGAGGCGAGGAGUAUCUGACGCAGACAUUUCACAUAGAGAUCUUUGGAAGAAAUGCUGUUAUAUUACGGCAUAACCAACUCACUUUAACCAUCUGCUGCAUUUCAUUGCUUCAUUUGCAUAAUUAAAGAUAUUUUCAUGGCA